AUGAAGACAGUAUCACCUGGUGUCUUUCGAAGAAAACUCAUCAAUGCAGCACCGAACGUUCUUCCAUUCAUAAUAACGUUUAGUCAUGUUUGUAUUUCGCCAUAUACGAAAGUAGAAGAAUCAUUCACAUUACAUGCUGUACAUGAUGUGCUAUCUUAUGGGUUCGAUGAAUCUAAUUUACCUCAUUGGGACCAUAUAACGUUCCCAGGAGCUGUACCCAGAUCAUUUUUACCUCCUAUAGUACUAGGUCUGAUUUCAUAUCCAUUUUCGGCAUUGGGUGUCAGUCUGGGAUUGAUACGGACGAAAUUAGAUGUUCAAAUAUUAAUCCGAUUGAUAUUGGCAUCUAUAUUCUCACAUACGUUCAAUCAUUUAUCCAAGACUGUAAGAACUAGAUUUGGAUCUUCUGUCAGGAUAUGGUUCACUUUAUUGUCUUUGACAAGCUUUCAUAUUCCUUAUUACGCGAGUAGGACAUUACCCAAUUUCAUGGCUUUACCAGGAGUCCUACUCAGUAUCUCACUUAUUUUGAGAGCAGGAUCGAAAUCUGCUCCUAAAUCGGUAUCCGCAAGAAGACAAAAAACAGCGGUAAUACUCUUAACUGCUUUAUCUACUGUGAUACGAUUGGAAUCAGCGUUGUUCCUAAUUCCAUUAUCAGUAAGCUUGGUCUUCACACGAAGAGCUACUUUAAGCCAAGUGGUACAAUGGGGUAUGUUGGGUGGAUUCGGAUCUCUUGCUAUAUCAUCAUCAAUAGAUUACACAUUAUGGAAACCUACAAUCCCUCAUAAAUCUUUACCUACAUUUACGUCUACUUGGCAAAUAUUAUGGCCCGAGUUAUCGGCAUUACAUUAUAAUUUCUUUCAAGGACAAUCAUCUAAUUGGGGUAUAAUGCCGUUCCAUUAUUAUUUCACAAAUUCAUUGCCCAAGAUCUUAUUGACCAGUUUACCUCUGAUUGUUUUAUCUGGAUUGAUCUGGUUUUCAAGAUUGACAGGAAUCAAUACUAAGAUAGCUGGAAAAGAAGGUGAGAAAGUAUACGAAGGUGUAGGGGAAAUCAUCAAGUUAUUUGGAGCUGGUACGGUGACUUUGAUAGGUGCGAUGAGCUUGAUAGGACAUAAAGAAUGGAGAUUCAUCAUUUACUCAAUACCGGUAUUCCAGCUUAUCGCUUCGUUCUCAGCGACAUUCUUAUGGAACCUACCUAAUUAUCCUAGAUUACGAUCUCUAUUCAGAUUCGGCUUGAUCGGCUUGGUAUUGGUGAAUGUAUCAGUAACGGGAGGAUUAAUUUUUUUGAGCAUGAAUAAUUAUCCUGGAGGUCAAGUUUGGAAGAUUCUUGAGAAUUUACCUGAUUCAAAAGAUAGACAAAUAACAAUACAUUUCCCUUCAUAUCCUUUACAAACAGGAUCAACGCUAUUCACUUUCCUACAUCAAUACCAACUCAAUUCAACGACUCACAUUGGCCCUUACCCUCCUUUCCCAAAUCAAAAAGAACCAAAGUGGAUAUACUCAAAAUCCGAAGAAGAGACUUUUGCUACGCCCGAAGGACUAUGGGAGAACAACGUAGACUAUGUAGUUACGGAAGAGUGGGACAAGUAUUUGGGUGGAAUAGAAUCUGGGAAUGAGGGUAGGAACAGUUGGAAGAUGGUAGGCGAGAUAGAAGGAUUGGACGGUGUGAGCAGAGGAGGCAAGUAUGGUUUGAAAGUGAAUUGGGCGAGAAAGUUGGCUAUUCUAGGUAGAUAA